ACAGAAGGGUUGAAUUAAGUGUCAAAACACAGAAGAAAUAGUGGCAGAUUGUUGAAAGUGGUGCACUGGGUUUCAAAAAACAGAUUUGGCUGAAGAGGAAUUGUGAAGAGAGAAGAAGCAGGUGUUGUGUUACAGAUUCCUGUUGAAAAUGCUGCUACAGCCUAAAUCAGUGCAAGUUUAAGAGUCACAUUUGGACUUUGACUGAUUGCUGCUCACCACAACGGGUCAAACAUGGGUCGCUACCUCAACACCAACUUGUGUUCAAGUUCUGUGAACAAGACUUUGAGAUUUUACUGCAAAAUUAGGUACCUAAUGAGCCUUCUCCGAAAGUACCCUCGUCUGGCUCAGUCACCACUCGGUCUGGAUUUCCACAGAUAUUCACUGCUGUCACCUCCUCGUCCCUCCAGAUUUACAAGAAAAGCUGCUUUUAAGAUUUUAAACCACAGUGAUACUGGCUCUACCUCUAAUCACUUCCUCAGAGAUUUUACCAAAGAACUAAAACAUCUCCAUGUGGUGCGUUUUUACUCGUCCUCCAAUAAGAAUACAUUAAAACCCGAAGCUCCGGUUGGGAUCUUUGAGGAGGCUCAGAACAGUUUUCUUUUGAGUUCACUGGGAGGACGUCUCGGUCAAUCAUUUCAUAAAAUGUCCAGACACAUUAACGUUUAUUUUAAGACAAAGGAUGCUGUACUUCUGGCUGAAAACACUGGCGUUGUCGUGACAACUCCAGAAUAUCUUGGCAGGUCACAGAGGCGUAGUCUAAGUCAACGGGCAGUCAGAGAGCGGAAUGUAUCCAAAGGCAAAGACACAACACAGACCCUGAAAAGCAAAGGCAAACAAGAGAGCUCAGGAUCAAGUCCUUCAACACAGGACAACUCUGGACCGCAACUAUUUCACAUGAGUUCUUUGGCGACAACAUUCGGUGAGAGCUACAAUUAUGUCGCUAAUCACAUAAACUCUGUCUUCUCUCGCGGUUCUACAGAGGCUCAAACGCAGGAGAAUACAGAAACCAUUUCCUCCACCAAAGGGACUAACAGGAAGCAGACGAGGAGAAAAAUGCAAAACACAUACAUCAUAAAGUCGAAAGAAGCUGAAAUGUCUCAAGUGAAAUCAGGUGCAAAUCAGGCAACAGUGGAAGCUAACAAUGUCUCCAGCAGCUGGGAGGAGGGCUACCUCCUCUUUGCAAGGCACAUCAAUAAAUACUUUGGUGCAAAGGUUACAGAACAAGUCAAACAAGAUCAGAAUAGGAGCCUUCCUAUAGAAAAGAAAAGCAAUUACAAAGCACAGUCUACCUCACCAGCUCAAGGUGCCAUGUCACAACUGAAGCAAGAAGAACCUGUCAGCCCUGUCAGUGGGGGCCUUUUCCACAGCAGCCGUAAUACCACAAACUUUGGGGAGAACUAUUUCCAAAUGGCCAGUCACAUCAAUCAGUAUUUCAAGGGUCAAAGUGAAUUGGAUGAGGACAUCAAUAGAAGUGUCCUAACAGAGAUGGACCCUGGAUCAACUACCUCUGAGAGACUCAAGACUGUAUCCUUUAUCGACUGCCUUCGCCACCCCACGAGUGCCAUCCCUGACCUCCUGGGUGCUUAUCUAAAGCUGGGCCCCUUGACACAGAGUAGUAAACCCAAACCUGCCGUCACUUCGCCAGAGGCAAUACUGAAUAAAAAGCUCGUCUUGAGUCGGAGGCAGGCAGAGGAAAUGACGCGAAGGUGGAUUGUCACUCUGUCCCAGGCUUCAUCUCCAGAAGCUCUGUUAGCCUGUGUCGAGGCACUCAAUGAGCACCUCAUCCGUUACCCAUCAUGCAAAGCCGUGAUGUGGCAGGAGAAAACUGCAGUCACGCUGUUGAAGAGGCGACGAGCCUGCAGAGAUAGUCAGGUGCUUCAGAGCGCCUUAAGAGAAAGCUUGGCUCUUAUUGGUUAUGUGGAUCCAGUCAAAGGUCGUGGCAUUAGAGUGCUCUCAAUUGAUGGUGGUGGCACCAGAGGUGUGGUGCCUCUGCAGGUGUUAAAGCUCCUGGAAGCUGAGACAGGCAAGAAGAUCCACCAGCUGUUUGACUACAUCUGUGGAGUGAGCACAGGUGCAGUUCUUGCCUUCAUGCUGGGUCUGGCCCAUUUUUCUCUGGAGGAGUGCGCUGACAUGUAUCGUCGUUUUGGCUCUGAAGUGUUUCGGCAGAACCCGCUCGUUGGCACCGUGAAGAUGGGCUGGAGUCACUCCUACUACGACACUGAGACCUGGGAGACAAUACUACUAGAAAAGCUGGGAAAAAGAGUACUUAUCAAAACAGCAGGAGAUGAGUUGAGUCCCAAGGUUUCAGCAGUCAGCGCAGUGGUUAACUGGGGUACCAGUCCAAAGGCCUUUGUCUUCCGCAACUACAACCACAAACCAGGGUCUCUCUGCCGCUACGCAGGAGGCUCAGGCUGCCAGAUGUGGGAGGCAGUGCGAGCAUCAUCAGCUGCCCCGGGAUACUUCCAGGAGUUUACCCUACAAAGUGACAUUCACCAGGAUGGAGGGAUUCUCAUGAACAAUCCCUGUGCCUUGGCUGUCCAUGAGAGCCGUCUGUUGUGGCCCAACCAGCCCUUCCAGUGUGUGCUGUCCCUUGGCACCGGUCGCUAUGACAAUGCUAAGAAGGGACCUGCCACCUCCACCAGCCUGAGGGCCAAAAUCAGCAACCUGGUCAGCAGUGCCACCGACACUGAAGGGGUCCACACCCUUUUGGAUGAUCUGCUGGCUCCAGACGUGUACUUCCGCUUCAACCCCAUGUUGAGUUCUUUGGUGUCCCUGGAUGAGAGCCGACCGUGGGCCCUGGACCAGCUGCAGAGAGACACCCAGAACUACCUGGAGAGAAACCGGCUCAAACUGGCCCGGCUCUGUUUGGUGCUCGGGGCGGAGCGCUCAGCUGCUCGCAGAACUAAGGACUGGAUGAGCGAGAGGGCGUGGGAGAUGAAGCAGAGAUGGGUGUGAGUAGGUGCAGUGUGAGGUAUGUCCACACGAAGGAGAUACAGGCGCACACUGAUACAGGCUGUGGACAAAAUAACAGAAACAAAACAGGAAUUUUGUUCAAACAUGAAGAUGAAGCCCAUUGAAUUUGGUGAUCCCCUGACUUUUGCUAUAGCGAUACCAUGAUGUUGACAUCUUAUCUUACUAUAUAAUGACGAAAACUCUGCCUGUUCCACGUUUUUCUCCUCACUGACUUGGUCAAUCCAUGUGAAAUUUGGCACAGUGGUAGAGGGUCAUGGGAGGAUGCGAAUGAAGCAAUAUCACAUCAAUUGGCCAAAGGGGGGCGCUAUAGCAACCGAUUGAAAUUGCAAACUUUGAAUGGGCAUAUCUCAUGCCCCGUAUGUCGUAGAGACAUGAAACUUUGCACAAUUUUUUGAAAAACACUUAAAAUCGAUCUCUUCCUAGGAAGUCUGACCGAUCUGCAUGAAACUGGGUGAACAUAAUCUAGGGACCAAUAUCUAAAGUUCCCUCUUGGCAAAAGUUGGAAAACUUACUAAAACUGAGCUUCUAUAAGGCAAUGAAUAUUGCGGAGGGCGUGGCUCAUCACAUAAAGGUGUAUAACAUCUCAAGGGUUUCACCCAUCACCACGCAACUUUGUAGGCAUAUGACCACACAUAAUCUGAGGGGACCCCUCCAUUAUUGACCCCAUCAAACAAAAUGGGGGCGCUAGAGAGCUAAUUUCUUAUCUAGGCCUAACCGCCAUAUGGAUUUUUACUAAACUUGGUAGAUAUGUAGAACAGGACGCCUCAAGGUGACUGGAGAAAUGUAACUCUAAUUGGCAACUGGGUGGCGCUAUAACAACAGAAAAAUGCUUCAAAAUGGCUAAAACGCGACCGAUCGCUGUGGCUCCCCCUGUGGCCCAAUGUUGUGGGUUUGUUUUCUAAUUUUUGGUAUGACUAAGUCAUGGUAUGGUAUGCUGUACAUAAUCACAGAAACUGUCAGUCAGUCAUUCCGUCUGUCCCACGUUUUUCUACUCACUGACGUGGUCAAUCUAUGUGAAACUGCUCAUAUGCAUUGAGGAUUGGCAUAGGUAGAAGGGGACAAAGCUACCAAUGGGUAUGGACUAGUUUGUGAUUAUUAGUAAAAUUUCUCAUCAACUAAUGGAUGCAUUGCCCUGAUACUUGGUGCAGACAUUAACGUCCCCCUCAGGAUGAUUUCUAAUAACUCUGGUGAUCCCUUAGAGGAGCUUUUUGUGCAUACAUAGGUUGAAUUAACUUAUGUACUGAUCAGCAGAAUGGAUCGACAACCACCGUGUGAUUUCAACCUCAAGUAAGAAUCUAGUUGAUGCUAAGCUCCCUCAAAUUCGUCAAGGCCGUUAUAAGAUGUUUCUGCCGUUUUGUCCACUUCCUGUUUAUAUAUGUACUGUAUAGCAAAUCAGCAUGAUGCUGAGAACAUGGCUCACUCUAGGGCUGCACAUUUAAUCAAAAAUAUUUUUAAAAUUGCCAUAUAGCCAAGUGCAAUAUCCAAAGGAGCUGCCUUUUUGAUAAAGGCAAAAUGUGUCACAACAGACCAUUUUAAAUGAAACAUCGGCCUAUAAAUCAUAUUCCAGACAUAAGGCACAUGCUUUGGACAGAUACCCCUCAAAAAAUCAUAUUGUCAUAAUUUUUUAAUAUAUUUCUUGGUAAAAAAUUAUGCAGAAAUUACCAUUUGCACAACAACUCAUAUUGCAAUAUCUGUCAGUCACUCAGAUACAGCAUUUUGUUUGAUGAGUCCAUGAUGUAGAGCACGACAUGCACGUUCAUGACAAAAGCACUUCCAUGCACUUUGUUAAAAACACUUUGUGUACUGUGCACAUGUAACAUUUACUGAUUAUUGCUAUUAUUACUGUUGCACUUCUCAGUGUUGUUGAAUUUGAAAUAAGUUAUGAUAUAUUUGUAAAUAUGUUGUGCUAAUGGGCAUUUUAUUUGUUUUGAAUAAAUUCCUAUUUAUAGACUCUU